CGGAUCCCAAGGUUUGAAGAAUGGUAUUUUCGAUACGGCACAACUUAUUCAAUUAUUAAGGCUCUUUCUAGUUUGACUGAUGAAUGAAAUUGAAUGAAGAGAGAGUUUGAGUACUGUAGUUUGAUGAAAUUGAAUGAAGAGUUUGAGUUCGUGUUGUUUGCAAGGGUGAGGACAUCUUGCUCAGUGUUGGCGUCUAAUCUUCUACAGAAACGCCUACUAGUUGUAGUUUCUAAUCUCUUGUCCGUGGCGCUUUCUUCUGCAGUAAGGAAUAUUGGACUGUUGAAGGUGGAGCGGCAUGAUGCGAACGACCUCGCAAAUGAAGCGAGGCAGCCAGUGUUUCGCGAAAGGGUUGCGGCAGAUGUGGACUCGUAUCUGCAAAAACAAUACGAGCUUCUGCUUUUGUUAAGGCUCGUGAACUGACAGCUGUGUACUUACUCUUCCAAAUUGUUUCUAGAAGUACUAGGCCGCGGGACGACUCAGAAUCUUCUGCAGGAGCUUCUACUUCAUCUGAAAAGAUUCGUCCGAGUUUCUCCUCCUCUAAUCGCACGACCGGAGCUGACGGACCCCAAACUUCAACGCGCUUUAAGUACUAACGUUGUGGACGCAUUGCAGAUGGAUUUGGCAACACGCAUAGCGGAGGUGGAGAAUCAGUUUUUUGAGAAGGUGCAGGGUGAGUUGAUGAUGGAUAGCACGACGAGUACUCAUGAUCAUGUCGUGGAGAAUUAUGAGAAUACGAAUCAUCUCGAUGUAGUUGAUCAGGAGGCCGAGCAGCACUCAAAUGCAAAAGUGAAAUCGACCCUAUUGUUAAGGCUACUUCCGCUGAAGCAUCCUCAGGAGCGUUAUCCUUGAGUCCUUACUUUUCAAGUAGAAAAAGGGCCCAGCGAUGGCCUCAGGGAUGCGACGCGGUAGCUCUAAGAUUCUUGUCGUCGUCCCCACUCUCGACAACUGACGACUCUGUUAAUGUCUCGCGGCCAGUAGCCGCUUCGUCGGACAUCGUUCUCGAUUGGAGUGCUCAAACUGGAAAAGUGCGAGGAAUAGCCGCUGCAUUCGAGAAAAGCCCGGUUCGUUCAGCAGGCCUGCUCACGCUAGGAGCACUAGCAGGCACAAAAGCGGUCCUGACUACUGUUGGCGCGAAAGCAGCAGCUGCAGGAGCAACCAAAGUCGCAGCUAGCUCAGCGGCUGUGGCUGCAAGUGCUAUACCCGCUUCGAAAGUUCUUUUAGGUACAUCUGCGAAAGGAGCUGUACCAAUGUUUGCAAAGCUUGCGACGCCGUUUGUGUCGAAGCUAUUCGCGACAGGGACUACGACUGCAGCCGGCGGAACGACAGUGAUCGGUGCCCUUUUGGCGGGAGCUGGAGCGGUUGGUGGGCCAUUGGGUCUCACGGCUGGCAUCACUGUGGAUUUUAUGAUGCGAUGUCUAGUAUAUCUUUAUCUACAAUUUGUAAGUAUUAAAAUUGGAUAACAAAAGAACCAAUUAAGUAGAACAACUACAGAUUAGUUCCGAAAUCCGAAUAAUUCGAACUUAGUUGGACGAGUUCUUCAAUGAUCUCUAACCCUCAUCUCUUGCACAAGGGUGUUGCGCUUUCGUCCAAAACCCAGUUUCGAGCGGAUGUCAUGGAAAUUCUAGAUGCGACACGUGAGGAAUGGCAGUAUGUUUUGGAAGCUGAAAUCGCACGAGCAGUAGAUGAGCUUGUGGCUGAGCACAUUAUAGCAUCAUUCUCGCAAGAACCAGGAUAAGGAUGACAUUUUUAUGCAUGGACGACAUGAUAUAUGGAUAGACGAUGUUGAACUACAUGCUUUAUGGCGUCGCUGCAUAUCUCAAUUUCUUGAACACAGAGGAUUGAAAGAAUAAAUUAUAGCAACAUAACAAGCCAACGAACGUGUGUGUCCGGCGUUUCUAUGAGAUUGUUGCUGCAAGGCAAUCUUGUGUUUCUCUCGCUGCAGUCAAAGGAUGACAUAAAUAAAGGUGCUGCUACUAGACCCC